AUGAGCAAGUUGGAUACCUUGGGACCAUUCUCUUGGUUGUUGCAGUGUUUUCUGAAUAAAGAUGUUGAUUAUACACAAUUAGUUGUCUAUCGUGGUGUGACAGUUACUGAUGAGAUGAUUAAAGAUUAUCAACAAGUGGUUGGAUUAGCAUUAUUUUGGUCUGCAUUUACUUCAACAUCAAAAGACCGAGAAACAGCCGAAGCGUUUGGAAAUACAUUAUUCAUCAUCAGAAUUGAUGAUCUGGGCAAUAAAAGUAACACUUCUUCUCUUUCAAUCUAUCCAGAUGAACAAGAAGUACUAUUAGAUGCGCGAUACCAAUUCCUUGUUGAAAAAAUCGAACGUGAUUCAAUAAGUGGAAAGUAUCUAAGUUAUAUGGGUUGCGAUUAA